UAUGCUCUAAUAGCAUGCCUAGAUCUAGAAAAAGCUUUCGAUUCUAUAAAUCAUGAGGCAAUAAUUAUAAAAGCAGCUAAACUAGGAAUUACUGGAGCCCCACUCAAGUGGAUCAUGAAUUUUCUAAAAAAUAGAACCUACCAAAUAGUCAUAGGUAAUAAAAAAUCAAUAGAAGAAAACAUAGUAAGGGGUCUCCCACAAGGCUCACCUCUUAGUCCUUUAUUGUUUAAUAUAAUGACAACAGAUUUAAAUCUAACGGACGAAUUAAAAAAAGUAACAUAUGCAGACGACAUAACAAUAAUAGCAAUAAAUAAUAACCUAGCAGAGGCUAAAAAUAAACUAGAAUUAGGGUUAAAGCAAAUAAUAGAAUGGGCGAAUAAAUGGGAAUUGACAAUAAAUCUAACAAAAAGCAAACUAAUGUGUUUUACAAAAAACAGAAUAAGAGAAAUACCAAUGAUACAAAUAGAUAACAAAGCACUUAACUUCACUACUAACCACACAAUUCUUGGUCUAGAAUUUGAUGCUCCAAAAUUAACUUGGAAAAAACACAUGAAUAACCUAAAGAUCAAUUGCUCAAAUAGAACAAACUUAAUGAAAAAAAUAUCUUCAACAACAUGGGGAUCUAAUAGAGAAAACAUGAUAAAAUUCUAUGAUAUUUAUAUAAAACCAAAAAUAGAAUACGGUAUCUCAAUCAUUGGAACAGCCAAUAACACAGAAAUGAAAAAAUUAGAAAUUAUUCAAAAUAACGCUCUAAGAAUAGCCACAGGAUGCUUAAAAACCACCCCAAUACUAGCCUUAUUCACUCUCACAAAUAAAAUGCCCUUUAAAUAUAAACAAAAAGAAAUGGAGUGUAUGCAGGUGAUAAAAAUAUUAGAAAAACAAGAGAAUAACCAAAUGAAAAGAAUAGUAACAGCUAAUAUAGAAAAAUAUAACCCCGAAAAAGACAAGAGAGGCUUAGUACACAGAGUAAUAGAAACUUGCAAAGAAUUACAAAUAACAAUAAAAGCAAAAACAAUACCAAACAUAACUCCUAUUCCACCAUGGUUUGAUAUUACAAAUAAUAUAGAAACUAACUUCUUAGAAGAUCUUGCAAAAAAUGUCCCUGAACAAAUAAUAAAGAGUCAAUUUUUUAAGUUGGAAAACACAAGAUAUUUAAACAAUAAAAAAAUAUUUACAGAUGGCUCAAAAUUAAGCACAAACUCAACCUCAGCGGCCAUAUAUAUCCAAGACAAAAAUAUAACAACAAUAUGGAAAUUACCUGAUGAAACAGAAAUAAUAGAGGCAGAACUUUUUGCAAUAAAACAAGGAAUUACUUAUAUACAGAACAAUAGAUUAGUAACAUCAGUAAUAUUUUCAGACUCAAAAUCAGCCUUACAAUUAAUAUCAAACUUAAAACCUAAAAACUAUAAACACAUCAUAUUUGAAAUACAGGCAAUGAUAUAUUCACUUACAAACCAAAAACAGACAAUAACAAUACAGUGGAUACCAUCACACAAAAACAUAAGAGGUAAUGAAAUUGCUGAUCAAGCUGCAAAAAAAGCACACACUAUAACAAAUCCUAUAACCAUAUAUGAGGACAAAAGAAAAAAGAUAAAACAAAUAAGAAUAAAAUAUUUAAAAAAAUGGGAAACACAAUUAAAUUCAAUCUUAAACACAAAAAAUUACCUUCUAAAAAAUACAGAACCCCAACCAUGGACAAGAUCAAAAAAUAGAAAACUUGACGUUUGCAUAACCAGACUCAAAACAACACACACAAGACUGAACCAACAUUUACAUAAAGUAAAAAUAGUAAAUGAUCCAACAUGUAGAUGGUGUCACCAUCAGGAAGAAAACAUAGAACAUAUCAUGCUACAAUGUCCAAGAUUUCACUCCUACAGAACAGAGUUGAUGGAAGCUCUAAAAAGAAUCAAAAUAAACAAUCCUAAUAUUGAUUUAUUACUCACAGGUGCUGAUUUCUCUCCAAUAAAGAAGUGCUACAUUUUAAGACACACCAAAAUAUUUUUGAAGAAAACAAGACUAAUAGAAAUAAUUUAAGGAAAAAGAAAGAAGAAAGAAGAAAGAACAUAGAUCCAGGGGAUAUAGACUAUACAAUAGUCUAAAACCCUAUAAAAGAAGAAAGAAGAAGAAGACACAUCACAAACUUUCU